CUGUUUUCUUCUGUACUCCACUGUUUUGUAGUCUUCUCUCCCUUAGUCAUUGACCUGGUCUGACCCUCUGCAUGCCUGACAGAUAGAGAGGGAAGCGUUAGCAGACUCUUUAAUUGGACACUUCCUCCCUGCUAUUCAUGAGGUGUCAGCGGGACCAUAUGCAGCAGGGGGACAACAGUCAAAGGGAGCCAGAGGGGGUGGGACCCAGUUCAGGUCCUGGAGCUAGAAGAGUGACAGGGAGGUUACAAGGCCCAGGGUUGAAGAGGGCCUCGUCCCAGUCAGAGCACCCUUCCUUCAGUAAGAUGAGCCAAAACGCCAGGGAAAGCAUGGGGGUUCUUGGCCAGGGCUUGAAACAGCUGUUCCAGCAUCAGCGUAAACGCCUCUCCCUGUCUCGCUCCACCAUCACCUCCUCAUCUUCUUCCUCGUCUUCCUCUGUGGUGUCAGCAGGUGGCACCUCCACCUCUGCCCCCGAGGACGCCCUGGGCUCCUGCUGUCCUGACUCUGACCACCUAUCUGCUCCUGUGGUUCUUCCUGCAGCUGGCCAGGGCUCAGCCGCCACGGCCAUGAUGAGGCGUGGGACCAGCCUGCAGAGCCGGCGCAGUAAGGGGUCCGGAUCAGGGUCUGGGAGUGGGGACCGCGAUCCUCUCCUAAGGGGUAGCCCCCAGGCCCCGCACCGCCGCUACACUCAUGACCCGCAGCAGCAUAUCAGCCGCCCACGCUCCUCCUCCACCACCGACACAACACCCAGCAGCCCGGCCCCCGGAUACGCUGGUGGCGAUGUGGUGCUGUCAUCAGGGUACCAGUCGACAGAGGAGACCGACAGGAUUGACCGGCUGGAGGUGAGCGGGCUGGGCCAAACUCCCCUGGCUGUUUCUUGUGGGGCGGACGGUUCGUUUCCAGGGGGUGAGGAUGGCACGCCAGACCCUCAGCGCACGAAGCAGGCUAUCGCUCAGCUGCAGCAGAAAAUCCUCAAGCUUACAGAGCAGAUUAAGAUUGAACAGACAGCCAGGGAUGACAACGUUGCAGAGUACCUCAAACUGGCCAAUAAUGCCGACAAACAGCAAAGCACACGCAUUAAACAGGUUUUUGAAAAAAAGAACCAGAAGUCGGCACAGACCAUCCAGCAGCUGCAGAGGAAACUGGAGCACUACCAUCGGAAGCUGAGGGAAGUGGAGCACAACGGUAUCCCACGCCAGCCGAAAGAUGUUCUGCGUGACAUGCAGCAGGGCCUGAAGGAUGUUGGGGCUAAAGUCACAGGCUUCAGUGAAGGCGUGGUGGACAGCGUCAAGGGAGGCCUCUCCAGCUUCUCACAGGCCACCCACUCAGCUGCCGGUGCUGUCGUCUCCAAACCGCGGGAGAUUGCCUCACUCAUUCGAAACAAAUUUGGCAGCGCUGACAACAUCCCCUCACUCAAAGACUCUCUGGACGACCCCUCAGUGGAAGAAGGUGUUACAGUUGCUGGCGGACGUUCUCUGGGCAGUGCUGGACAUCACCUCCAGUCCAGUCCCAAAUAUGGUAGUGAGGAUGACUGCUCUAGUGCUACGUCAGGCUCAGCAGGGGCCAACAGCACCACAGGGGCUCCUGGGGGUCCCCCCAGUUCCAAGGGCAACACAUUGGAGAGGAGCCAGAGCUCCGGCCUGGACAUGCUGCUGCAGGAAGUGGCAGAGUUGAGGGAGGGCCAGGCAAGGCUAGAAGAGAGCUUGGACAGCUUGAAGAGCCACUAUCAGAGAGACUACACAGUCAUUAUGCAAGCGCUGCAGGAGGAACGCUUCAGGUGUGAACGUCUGGAGGAACAGCUGAAUGACCUGACAGAACUUCACCAGAAUGAGAUCCUCAACCUCAAACAGGAGCUGGCCAGCAUGGAGGAGAAGAUUGCAUACCAGUCUUAUGAGAGAGCCAGAGACAUCCAGGAGGCUUUGGAGGCGUGUCAGACCAGGAUCUCUAAGAUGGAGCUCCAGCAGCAGCAACAGCAGGUCGUCCAGUUGGAGGGGCUGGAAAAUGCCACGGCCCGGACCCUCCUGGGAAAACUUAUCAAUGUGCUGCUGGCCCUUAUGGCUGUCCUUCUGGUCUUUGUCUCAACUGUGGCCAACUGUGUGGUACCCCUGAUGAAGACACGCUCUCGCUCCCUCUCCACCCUCCUCCUCAUCCUCCUCCUAGCCUUCUUGUGGAGAAACUGGGACGCUCUCUCGGGGUACACACACCGCGCUCUGCAGCCCCCAGGAUGACCAGAUUGAAACCAGCACGUGUUGCUUUGGGGACGCCAGACGAUGUAACUUAUAGCUGCAGUCAUGCAGGGAGUUUGAAGAACGUGACCGCCAUUGGGAUGGCUGUGUGGCCGCGCGCUGAAAAUUCAGCCGAGCUAAUUCGGACACAGCCUGGAUCAAGAUGAAGAAGAGAGAAAACUUGAGAACAUUCACAUUUAGGAAGGACAAGACUGUUUACAUUUUUGAAAUGAACUAUUGUGUUGUUAUCCCUCACAAAAUGCAACAUUGUACUGUUUUUAUCUUUAGACUUUAAUCAAUUAUAAUGUUAUUUCUAAUAAUAUUAUUUUUAUUUUCAAUGUUAUUUUAUUCAGUACCAUGUAGCAUUACGCUCCUCUCAUUCUACAUGGUGGGGAGUUUAGUCAGGAAACUGAGCUGGUGAGUCGCUCCAAAGGCCCAGUCUAACUGUAGAGACAUGCAAAUGUGAGAAUGUGGUUGAUUGCCUUUAGGAAAAGAAGUCUGACCUCGCUGUGAUUGGUAGAUUUGAACCAUGGCUGAAAACUUUACUGGGAGUUUCUCCUUUCUUGCUGUGAUGAAAUUUGUUGAAGGACUGACCAUGACUUUGGAGCGUCAUGAUGACUAGAGACUUUGUGCUUCCUUACCAUUUCUAAUAGCGAAGAUCACAUGCUUUUAAUUAUUUUUUUUAAGUGAAAGACAGUUCUCAGUACGCAAGAUUGUGAAUGAUGCAUUAAGACUUAAAUGGGGGAAGCUGUGACGGGCUGCUCACCAUAGAAACGGCACAUAAACACACAGAGAACAUCUGGCUAUUGUCAAGCAUCCGCCAUAUUUGCAGCAUGUAUACAGUGCUGCAUGUCGUCAUUAGAAAAAUUACAUAGGAACCAGUUUUGCUUUUAAAAGCACGGGUCAUUGUCCAAGUAAAAUCAAUUUGCAAGGAUAAUUGUCUCCCCUCCGCCAUAUUUGAUGUGAUCAGGUUGGGAGACCACUGGUGCUCAUCCAGCUCUAUCUCAGUUGGAUCAGGAAUGCUGCUGCUUCAUAUCUACAGUGCAAGUCGUCUCCACUGCCACGCCAGUCGAAUGCACACUGCUUGUAUGCGAUAUUACUAACACAGUCUCCUUGCGUAUUAUCUCUGUGGCCGUUCCUUUUUUUUUCUACAAGCACUCUAUCUUAAGGUGUAAUCACCCAGUGCCAAACCUUAGCUGACCUAGGGAUGCCUGAGCACCCAAAAGCUGAGAGGACAGAAAGAGGAUGUUACUCUGCAGAUGUAACUUCUUCUCAGACGUGUCAUGAAUGUCUUGAUGUUUCUUUUUAGGAAAUGUACGUAAUGCAAGCGUAAAGCUAUUCACAAUCUGAACGUGACCUUGACUCCAGAUCCUCAGUUGUGUGUUUCAGCACCUUGCUUUAUUGAGCACAGUGUUCCUUGGCUCUAGUCUUUCUCAUAUUCUUUCUUUCUCAUCUAGUCAAGGACACUACAAGUUGACCUAGCACGUUGAAUAGUCCACCCUGCAUUUCAUGCUGAGAAGCUGAUUUCCUAACAGAUAGCGCGAUCAUUUGAACUGUACAGCUGCACUUUAGCACACUGCUAGAUAGCAUAUAGGUCAGGCUGAGGCUGAAGAAACCUUUGAUAGAGACUUCAAAGGUUGUCACUCUGUAGACAGUCGCCCUCAGCGAGAAAAGAAGAGUUGACUCAGGUCAGGAUCACUGUCAUCCUUGUCUAAAGAUAAAAAAAAACCCACUCAAGGGAAUUUCUGCUCAAAAUGUGAGUAAACUUGACUCUCCUCAAGUUGAACAUGCAAUUAAACUGGCUGUUAUCAAUCUGUUUCAGUUUUGCCAUCAAGUGGACAAGUUGAGAGUGAGCUGACCUUUGACCUUAGCUUGUUUUUGCAGUAACACCUAUGAUGUAGGGUUGUGUGCUAAACCACUCCAGUGCCUUCCGAUGUCCUUUUCUAAGUGUGGAAUAAAUAAAGUGCAUUCCUGACUAA